AUGCGUUUCACCGUUGCUACUGCUAUCGCCGCCAUGGCCUCCGGCGCUGUCGCCUCCCUCUCCCACGCUGGUGCUGCUCCUUCCUCCAGCAUGGCUGUCCCCACCGGCGGCGUCGUCACUGAGACUCUGACCGAGUACACCACCUGGUGCCCCGAGGCCACCGCCAUCACCCACGGUGGCCACACCUACAGCAUCACCACCCCUGGCUACAUCACCAUGACCGGUACCUUCACCGUGACCCGCCCCGUGGUGACCCAGACCGUGACCCAGUGCCACAAGUGCCUUCUGUUUCCUCCCUUCCAGCUCUUCCGCCGUGCCCGCCCCCACCACCCCGUCGUGGUUCCCUCCGGCCCCGCCGCGGUCACUUCCAUCCCCCUGGUUCCCUCCGGCGCUGCCGCCACCGGCUCCUCUGCUCCUUCCUCUCCCCCCGCUUUCAACGCUGGUUCCACCAACGUUGCCGGCGCUGGCGUUGGUCUCGCCGCCGUCUUCGGUGCCGUUGCCCUCCUGCUGUAA